AUGAAAGCCUUUGGGUUAGAGCGUCUCAAUGCCCGAACGAGCGGCUUGGAAAAAAUUUUGAAAGCCACCAAGGGUCUGCGAGAGGAGGAGAGCACUGAGGCUGAAUCCACUGCAUCACAUCCCGAGCGACUGCCAAUACUAGUUGCAGAAGAGCUUCGCAAGAAGACUUGGAAUAUAGGCACUCGAAACUUCCGAAAGCAGCACAAAGAAGGAGAAGUACAAUGA